GGCGGGGACAAGGGCCGGCCAGGCGCUCAGGUUAAAAGGGGCCCGGAGACUUCCGUUGUUUAAACUUGAAUGCUCGAAAAUGGUCUGAGAAGCAAUAAACAAUCUGAUCCUUUUUCUCCCCCCUCUAGAAAUCCAGUGCAGUAUUAAUCCACGGAGGUGCUGUGGACGGAGGUGCUGUGGGGACAGUUGGCAGUACAAUGGCUUCUCAGUACCUCGUAGUGGCUCUGGCCGUUUUCUCCUCUUUUACCCAGGUUGUAAUAGAAGCCAGCUCUUGGUGGUCUUUAGGGAUGAACCCCAUGAACCCCAUGAACCCUGUUCAGAUGUCAGAGGUGUAUAUAAUAGGAGCCCAGCCACUAUGUAGCCAGCUAGCAGGGCUUUCCCAAGGACAGAAGAAACUCUGCCAAUUGUAUCAGGAUCAUAUGCAGUUCAUUGGAGAAGGUGCAAAGACGGGCAUUAAGGAGUGCCAGUAUCAAUUCAGACACAGAAGAUGGAACUGCAGCACUGUGGACAACAACUCUGUUUUUGGCAGAGUCAUGCAGAUAGGCAGCCGGGAGACGGCGUUCACCUACGCGGUGAGUGCAGCCGGGGUGGUCAAUGCCAUGAGCCGUGCCUGCCGGGAGGGCGAGCUCUCUUCCUGUGGCUGCAGUCGAGCUGCACGGCCCAAGGACUUGCCCCGGGACUGGCUUUGGGGUGGCUGUGGGGAUAACAUCGAAUACGGAUAUCGCUUCGCCAAGGAGUUCGUUGACGCCCGGGAGCGCGAGAGAGUUUACCAGCGAGGCUCCUACGAGAGCGCCCGCAUCCUGAUGAACCUGCACAACAACGAGGCCGGAAGAAGAACGGUGUACAACCUGGCUGACGUGGCCUGUAAGUGCCAUGGUGUCUCUGGUUCCUGUAGCCUGAAGACCUGUUGGCUGCAGCUCGCUGAUUUCCGCAAGGUAGGCGAUGCCCUGAAGGAGAAAUACGAUAGUGCUGCUGCCAUGAAACUCAGCGGCCGGGGCAAGCUGGUGCAAGUGAACAGCCGCUUCAACGCCCCCACCAUCCAUGACCUGGUGUAUAUUGACCCCAGCCCCGACUACUGCGUGCGCAACGAGAGCACCGGGUCCCUGGGCACCCAGGGCCGCCUGUGCAAUAAGACCUCGGAGGGCAUGGAUGGCUGUGAACUCAUGUGCUGUGGCCGGGGGUACGACCAGUUCAAGACGGUGCAGCGAGAGCGUUGCCACUGCAAGUUCCACUGGUGCUGCUAUGUGAAAUGCAAGUUGUGCACAGAGAUCGUGGACCAAUUUGUGUGCAAAUAGGGGACGGAUGAGGUGAGAGGAACUGCAGCCACCUGCCAGCAAGGGGUGCAGGCCUCUCUCCCUUUCCACAGGACUAUCUCCACUUUAUUUAUAGAGUCCAACGAGUUGUCGUCUUCUUUUAAG